UAGCGUCAUAAGAUAAGACCAGUUAGAGCGACCCCGUAGUGUUGUGUCGUAUGAGAUGAAUUACAAGUUGUUUUGAAACAACUAUUUUGUUGUUCUAUUUAAGCAAAGCAAUUAAAAAAAAAAAAGCAAGUUUUUUCGGUUAUCAUUAUUUUGAUGGAGAUAUCUCGUACCAUUUAUCCUCGUUUCAAGAUCAUUCUACCGUGAAUAUUCUGUUUUGGAAAUUUCACUACCACAGGAGGAAAACGGCCUGGUAACCUCGUAAGCGGAUAUAACCUUCUAGUUCUUUCCUUCGUGAUCCUUUGUGGAAACUCCACUCCUACUUCUCAAAACAUGCUGCUUUUAAAGAGGGCCAACUUUUUGAUGUGAAGAUGCAGGUAUUCUAAGCCUGAGGAUGUGACAACAAAGCGUGUUGGAUCAUAGAACUCUUAUUCUUACUAUUCCCUGUUGGACAUUUAUAAGUUCAAAGAACUAGUGUGAAGAUGUCUGUUCAUUACAAGUUCAAAAGUAAUUUAGAUCAUGAUACUGUGACUUUUGAUGGCUUGAACAUUUCUGUGGCUGAUUUAAAAAAGUCUAUUAUGCAACAGAAAAAAAUUGGGAAAAGUUCAGAUUUUGAUCUGCAGAUUACAAAUGCGCAGACAAAAGAAGUUUAUGACAAUGAUGAUAUGUUAGUGCCAAAAAAUACUUCAGUCAUUGUGGCUAGGGUACCUGUCCAAGGAGGAACUAAGAAAAGCUGGGAUAAGCCUGAUCUUCCUCUUCCCAUUGAUGAUGAUGAUAUGGGCCAUAUACGAUAUGAUAGAAUUGCCAAGAAUGCUGAUCUAGUCAAUGCCAAUACUUCUGAAGAAGAUAAAGUAAAAGCAAUGAUUACACAGUCCAGCCAAGAAUAUGAUCCUUCGAAAUAUGUUAAAAGCCGCAGUAUGACGGGACCUCUUCCCCCAAGUUAUACAUGUUUUCGAUGUGGCAAGCAGGGACAUUGGAUAAAAAACUGCCCAACAAACAAUCCCGAUGUCAAACGUAGUACGGGAAUCCCUCGUAGUUUUAUGGUUCCUGUAGAUGGCCCUGAACAUAAAGGUGCUCUUCUAACAAGCUCAGGCGAUUAUGCUGUUCCUCUUAUUGAUCAUCAAGCUUACAAAGAAGUGAAGAAAGAAAAGCCUCCAUUUGUUCCGCAAGAUGAACCUAUAGCUGAACCUGAGGCGGAAGUUCCAGAAGAACUGCUUUGUAUGGUUUGUAAGGACCUAUUACAAGAUGCUGUAUUAAUACCAUGUUGUGGUAACAGUUUUUGUGAUGAAUGUGUCAGACAGGUUCUGUUGGAAUCUGAAAACCAUGAAUGCCCAGUUUGCCAUGAAGUUAAUGUAUCUCCGAAUACUUUAAUACCUAAUCGAUUUUUACGAACAGCUGUAUUAAAUUAUAAAAAUGAAACUGGAUAUACUACUAAAAUAAGAAAAGCUGCAUUCUUGAAAUCACCACCUAUUCAAAGAGUUGACUCGCCUCAACCUUCACCUGAUUCUACUGUUGAAAGCCAGUCACAUGGAACUGAUAAUUCUACAACUCCGUUUGAUCAUAGUCCUAAAAAUUCUGAGUUUAAGAAAGAUUCUAUUGACCUGGAUACUGCAAUCAAGAAAGAUGAUGAUGAAAAUUUUUCAGCCUCUGGUAUUCAAACUCCUGAGAAUUUGACUCCCAAAGGCAUUAUUGAAGAAGAUUCUGAUGCUCAACCUGGUACUCCUCUUGCUGAUGAGCCAUCAAAUGAUGGGAUUAGCCAGAACUUACCUAUUCAAACUAUUGGUCAAGAACAAUACAGCACUGAUAGAUAUGACUACCAUUCCAGUUCUAAAUAUUCUCGUAAUCAUCGUGAUGACUAUCGUCGUCACUAUGAUGAAGAUUCUCAUGAGCCUCGACCCAUCAGCACUAUAGAGACUAUUACUAAUACACGAAAAAAUAAAUACGGUCGUCUUGGUCCCAUACGACAGCAUUUUCCUGAUCAGCGCUCUCAUCGUGCAGAUGACAGAUCUGAUAGUUAUUACCAUGAGAGGGAUGAUUACCAUAGUAGAUAUGACAAAAGGCACACUAAUGACAGAAGUUCUCGAAGAACAGGCCAUUAUGAUAAAUCUUCUCGUGAAUCCAGAUAUACUUCAAGUUCCGCUGCUGAUUAUUCUCUCCCUGAACGUGAUAAUGAUUAUGAUUUACCAAUGCGUAAUGAGGAUACUUUACAUAGACAUCAAGAUCGUUAUCGAUCACCACCACCCCAUCCAGUUCUUAUACCUGCUGUUCCAGCAAUGUUUACUGCACCUGUUGCUGCUAUUCCGCCUGCACAUCCUGCAUUAUUACCAACUCCUCAAGUUUUUCCUUCUCAACCACCUCCACCAGGUGCAUCACCUAUAAAUACUUCUCAUAUAACUUCUCAGCCUCCACCUCCUGGUGUUGGACCGUUACUUCCUGUUUCAACUGAUUCAAGUACUUUUGUAUCUCGUCCUUUUGAAAGUGAAGAUCCCUUAAAGGAUGCAUCUGUACCUAAUGAAAGGAGCAUUGAUGAUCGUAUGGAAGAAUUUCAAAGAAAACUGGAAAAACGCCAUCGUUACUCAAGAGAUAGAGGUAGCAGAAGCCGAAGUAGGAGUUCAGAAAGACAUCGAUCCCGAUCAUCAUCACGUUCUCGGUCCUAUUCAUCCUCAAAAUCCUGGACUCGUUCGCCCUCUCGCAGUUCACCUAGAUCAUCGCGUUCAAGGUCUCGCACACCUUUUUCAAGUCGUUCUAGAUCACGUUCCUAUUCCCACUCAAGAUCCAGAUCAUGGUCCAAGAAAAGAUCCUACACUAGAUCGCGAUCUCGUACACGAACUGGUUCUAGAUCGCGAUCUAGAUCAAGAACUGAAUCUUCGAUUAGAAGACGAGGUCAUGAUUCAAGAGACCGAUUGCGUUCUCCUGUUUCUAGAGGAAGAUCUCAUUCAUAUUCCCCGAAAAGUUAUCGAGUACCUUCUCAACGAAAUUUAUCUUAUUCUAAUAAGCAUAGUUACACUCCUCCUCAAUAUACCAGUGGAACCUCGUAUCAGUCACAGUAUGGACCACCUCCUACAAUUAUUCCAAUUCCAGUUGUACGAGCCCCUUCCUUCCCACCUCAUUUGCAUUCUAUGCCUCCUCCAAUUCAAACCAUACAUUCAAGACCAGUGGAGCAGUAUCCUGUUGAGAGGCAACCAAAGUAUCCUUAUGGUGAUCAGUAUCCUGUAUAUGACAUGUUUCAACCGAAAUAUCUUCAUCAACGAUACGAAAGAGACCAGCGAAUAGGAGAACACAGGAUUGCAAGAUAUGAUAAAAGAUCAGAAUAUCAACGACACCAAGAGGAAGUUCCCCAUCGUAUACCAGGAUAUAUAGGGGAGAGAUCAAGAGAUUAUAAACCUAGAUAUCGACAAACUAGAGAUCCUCAAAGGAAGGAAAUUCGUGAAUUGCCUCAAAUAUCGGAAUUGGAUAUGAGAGAUACCCAUUCUAAGGAAUCUAGUGUAGAAUCAUCUUCAAAAAAGAAAGAUGAAAAGUUUUCUAUUAAACACAAAAAGCAUCAUCAUCAUCAUAAAAGCAAAGAAGUGAAAAAAUUAGAUAAUAAAAUUCCUGUCAUGGUUAGCAUGGAAAAACCGCUUGAAUCAUCCAAAAAUCUUAUUAGUGUUGAACUAACUGCAGACAAAGAUAACGAGAAAAAUACUACUGUUGAAUUAGAUCCAAAAGCCAUUAAAAGCACAGAAAAGGUAAAAGAUAAAAAGCAUAAGCACAAAAAACAUAAAACAAAUGAUCAAUCUUUGAAGAAGAAAAAAUCUACUAAGAAGGAAAAAACUGAAGGUGCUCCAAGCAUAGAUACUGAAUUAUCUUCUAAGACCAAAAUUAGGAAAAAGAAAAUCAAAGUUAAAGCUACUGAUGAUAAUAAAGCUGCCAAUCCAGAAACAAAAGUAAUUGAACAAACUAUGGUUUCUGAACUAAAGGAUGAAACGGAAGAAACAGAAAUAUCUAAAGAUACAGCAAUUGAAGAUAAUGUGAAAUCAGUUGAAGAUCCUGAUGUAUUAGAUAUUUUUGCUGAUGACCCUGAAGCUGCUGAUUUGAAUGCAGAAUUGAAUCCUGAAGAUAAUUCUGCUGAGUUAGAAAAUGUUACUACUGAUAACACAGACUUUGUAGAAACUGAAAACAUUGAAGUAUCUGGCAAUAGUGAAGAGGAGGAAGAAGUUGAAGAAGCUAUUGAGGAUGAAAAUGUUCUCCAUGUUGAUAUGCCUGGUAUAUCCAAGUGGGAAAGAGAGGAAAGUGAAGAAGAAGAUACAGAUUUACCUCAGCAUAGAAGUAUAGUAAUAGCAUCUAAAGAUGAAAAGGGUACUUUGCCAUCUGAUAUCAUUUCCAGAGCUGAAAAUGUUCUACUAGCUAAGCAAUUUAAACCUAGAAUCGAUAGAAAAGAUGUGAGUGAUUCCAAAAAUUCUAGUGAUGUUUCAAGUCCUGAACACCUGUCUACGAAACAUAAAGAACCUUUGGAGUUGAAAAGUGUUGUUAAUUCAGAACAGCUAAAAUCUGAUAUUUUACAUGUCACUAUAUCUAGCAAUAAAGAUAAGCGGUCUGUUUAUUCCAGAAGAGAUGAUUCCAAAACUUCAAAGCAGGAAAGUGUGUCAAAACGCGAUAGGUAUGAUAGAUCUAAUCGUCACAAUCAUCAUGAUGAUAAUAGUAAUCGUAGAUCUGUGACUGUUCAUUCUGGAAGAAGUGAGAGAGAGAGAAUUUCUGACAGAAGUGAUAGACGAGAACGUAGACGUACUCCAUCAAGAGAAAUUGGCAGGAAUUCUUCACGUGAUCACAGAGAUCAUAGCCGCAAAGAAAGAAAUCGUGCAGAAGAUCCUCGUGAUGAAAGGAAACGAAGGCUUGAUGAUUAUCAUGGCAGUUCAAAAAGUCGUACUGAUUCUCGUGAUCGGUCUGAUAGACGGAGGCCAAAUGCUACAGCUUCUUCAUCUCGGAACAGAAAACCAUAUGAGAGAGAUUCUGCUCGUCAUUCAGAAAGAGAACAUAAACAAGAGAAUCGUAAAAGGUCUCGCUCAAAAAGUCAUGAAUCUAGUGGUAGCCAUCAUUCAAGCAAAAAGAAAAGUGACAGGAAAUAUAAUGAAACAGUUGAUGAACAUCGUUCCCAAAAAAGUAAUAAAGACCGAAUUCAAUUGGAGGAGAAAGAACCACCAAGGAGGAAGCACUCCCCUAUUAAGGCUCCAGAUAAUAGUACAAGCUUGCCUAAACCAGUUCGUAGAAAUUAUGAGGAUGAGUUGAAAUUUGAACCAGACUAUGAUGAUUUUAGUGAAGAAGAAAGGGCUCGUGAAAACAAAGAUAGACCCAAAAGAAAAGCUUCUUCACCUGAAAGUUCCAGAAAAGUAGCUAAAAUAGAAAGAAAUAGUAAAAUUGACUCUGAUAUGAAAGUACCUAAAACUGAUAAAUCUAGUGUCACUAGUAGUGUUUCUUCCUCUGCAGCUAGUGAAAGCGAUUCAUCUGAUUCUGAUGAUCAAAAAGGUAGUAAAAGCAAAAAUUCGGACAGUGAUUAUAAGCAAAAACAUAGGAAACCUAAGCAUAAGAAACACAAGAAACAUAAGCAUAAACACAAGAAGAAAAAAAGUCACAAAUCUAAAAAAGACUAAAUUAUAAUGUAUAGUUUUUUACUGCUUUUACUGAUACUUAGAGGGCACUAUCUAGUCCCAAAAAUUCUUAUGCAGGGAUUUAUCACAAGGACUCAUUUGUAAAGAUGAAAUCAAGCUAUAACUGUGAUACAUUAAAAUCUAAGUCUGUGGUUUUAUUUAUUGCUUGUAAUUGACCAUUUAACAACACCAAAAUCAAAUUUCUACUUAAAAAUUAAUGUGACUUUUUACUGAGCUUCUUCAUCCUAAUUGACUUCAAUAGAAGCAAGGACAUACAGUUUUCUUUGUAGUUGAGUUGUGCUUUGUGAUGUCGAGUUCUUUAAAAAAAAUUAUUCUUUUUGUUCAAAGAAUGUAUUACUUCACAAACUACUUUCAAAUUCGAUAUCAUAAUCAGGAAAUUCUCAUGGAACUGUUAGGGAUAAAAAUGCAAAGACCUGAAAAUUGUAUCUUAAUUUAUUACCUUAUAUUUCUUUAGAGGUUACAGUUCCUUUCAAGGUCCAUUUGUUGUGUGGAUUUUCACCAAUAUGACACUAUGUUGUGUAGAAUUUUUGUUAUUUUAAGACAAGCCAAUUUUAUUAUUGAAAUUGUUUCUGGAAAAUCUGUCAAUGUUCUUUGUAGAUGCUAUAAUUUUAUUAAGAAAUUGCUUUGAAAAGAAUACUUUUUUCAGUCGUAAAUUUUUUUGUAUAAGUAAAUGGUAAUUCUGAAUAAUUUUCAACAGUUUUGUGUAGAACACACUUGUAUAAACAUUUGUAAUCUGUAUAUAACUGCUAAAGUAUUCAGAAUUUAAAAAAAGCUUGUUUGUUUAAAAAAUUCAUCAAAAAGAUGUAUUUAUUUAUUUGAAAUCUCAUUCAAAUUUAAAAAUUCUGUAUUUUAUCUUGUAAAACAUGGUCGGGCUGUAUUUUGCUUAAAAUUAAUACCUUGAAAAGUUUUCUUUCCACUUGAAUGAAUAUUUUCUUAUUUAUUUUAUUUGAGUAUUUUAUUUGCAAAAAUAUGUUGCUUAUUGAGGUCUUCCCUUUGAAUUUGUCUGUAAAAAGGAAACAAUAAUAUAUUUGCCUAUCUUUGAGGGCAAGGUGUGAAAUCUUGUAAGAUGUUGAAUGUUAGUUUAUUAACAAAACUGUAUUCAACUAUGCAUUGUUUAGGAUGAGCAUUUUAUUUGAAAUGUAUUGAACAGUCUAUCAAGAAGAAAGCUUUUUUGCUUAAAAAUGAGUUUUGAAUUAAAUCCAUUCCAAGCAGUUUUAAAAUGUGUUAGGGUGAUGAGCUUCCUAUAAUCUUCCAGAAUGUAAAUAAACUUAAAAAAAAUUUGUUUGUACUGUUCUACAAUGAACUGAAUGAUUUUCAGAAGUUUGUUAUUUCAUGUCUUGUAACUGAAUUCAACUCAUUUGUAUAAUAAACACAUAUUGUUAUUUUGA